UUAGCCAGUAAGCAGUCAAUUUCUCCUUUCCUCCACAAUGCCAAACCUUGCUGAGAAGCCCUAAAUUCACUGAGAAGCCAACAUCGCCUAUCUCUUCGCCGAUCAACGUUGCCCUAACUUCUUCUCCCCCGGUGAAUUCAAAGUUUGGUCCCAAGCAUUGUCCAUCUCUUCUCCAAUCAAUGGUUCUCGAAAUUCUCCAGGUGAAGAAGUCGAUCAACUGAGUGCUCAAGGAUCAAUUUCACUGUUGGCGCUUCCUCGAAAUCUCGCACGGCCUUUCUCUCCCGCGGAGCCCCUAGAUCGCCGGAGAACACCGGCGGAAAUGGCGAACCAGGGGAUGGAGGACACCGGGCUUAUCAAGGCUUGUGAGGUGGCCAUCGAUGGCGGAGGGACCAAGGGGCGAGCCGUGCUUUGCGCCAAAUCGCAGAUCUCAAAAGGGGAAACAAUUUUUUUUAUAGGGAGAUAACAGAUGGGGAAUGGAAUUUCUGGAGAGACUGCGGAUCAUAAAGAGGAAACAAAUUUUCUUUUACAACAAGAACAUAUGGGGAACGAAAUUUCUGGAGAAAAAUAUAAUAGAGUGACACGAUCAUCCAUGUUAAUGGCCAAUCCUUUUUAUAACUUUCUUUGGACAAUUGAAUGCUUUUCUCGUCUUUCCAAUAGCACAUUUGUGCAUGAAUCAAGAGCAUUCAAUGCCCAAAAUUGCAAGUGGAAACUAGAAUUUUGUCGGAAGAAUAAUUUGGAUGGAGUGGACUUUCUUGGAUUGUACCUUGUUCUAAAUGAGGUCCAUCCAUAUUUCGCUCAUUGUCAAUAUUUUGUGAUGUGCCAACUCUCCUUGCUGAAUCAGAGAACAGGAAAAUAUGCUUCAGUUUUAGUUGAUUAUGAAGCCAUGCCUGGACAUUCUUUUGGCUUUUAUAAUUUAAUUUCCUUGAGAGAUUUUUAUGAUGAAAAGAAUGGUUAUUUGGUCAAUGACAAGUGUGUUUUUGCGGUGAAUAUCUUCAAAGCAUCGCCAAUUAGAACUAUCUGUGAGACUCUAAGAGCCCCAAGAGCAUAUAGAAGAAUUUGCGUUGCAGGAACGAAACAAUCAACCACAUUAAGGACCAAUCCUUACUACAACUUUCUUUGGACGAUUGAGUGUUUCUCUAGUCUUUCCAAUAAAACAGAUGUGCAUAAAUCAGGGAAAUUCAGUGCCUUAAAUUGCAAGUGGAAUCUAGAAUUUUGUCCUAAGAAUAGUGUGGAUGGAGAGGACUAUAUUGCAUUGAAGCUUGUUCUGAAUGAGGUCCCUUCACAUUUUGCUCAAUGUCAAUAUAAUGUGGUAUGCCAACUCUCCUUGUUGAAUCAGAGAACGGGAAAGAAUAAUUCAUCUUCAGUUGAUUAUGAAAUAGCGCCUGGAUGUUCUUAUUGCUUAAAUAAAUUCAUAUCCUUGAGAGAUUUUCACAAUAAAAAGAAUGAUUAUUUGGUCAAUGACAAGUGUGUUUUUGGGGUGAAUAUCUCCGAAGCAUCACCAAUUAUAACUAUCUGUGAGACUCUUAAAGCUCCAGAAGCUUGAUGUGUAUGAUUCUUACUAAGAGAAUGGACCCAAUGCAUUGUUUAGUUAACACUUAACAGACAUGGGAAUGGAGAGGUUUCUUUAAGGAAUAAGAU